AUGGGGAGGUGGUCAGCGGCCAGGUGCGGUGGUGGCUGGGGUGGAUGGCGGAGGGCAGGGCCACGAGCUACGGCGGCGGGUACCGAGCAGCGGCAGAAGGAGGAGGCGACGGUAUGCGAGGGAGGGGCCGUGCGGGCACGAGCGGCCGCGGGGAGGAGCAGCGGCGCCGGGGGAAGCGGGGCACGAGCGGGCGGCCGGGUGCGGCAGUGGCAGACGCCGGCGGAGCCGCGUGCGGUGGCGUGUGGGGAGGCGCAGGGUGUGGGCGAGACGGUGCCUCGAUCCCGGGCGCUGGCAUGGUCGGGUGUUGUCGGGGACGACGCCGGUGACGAGCAGAGGCCGGAGGCGAGCAACGGCGCGAGCGAGGCGAGCGACUGCGGGCGCGCCGACGCAGCAGGCAGCAGCGGUCAGCAGGCGAGCGGCAGCGAUGCGGAGCGGGGAAGCGAGCGGGGUCGGCGCGCUGGAGCGGAGCAAGGGCCGGUGCAGGAGCCGCGGUCGACGGCGGGCGCGAGCACCGGGCGGAGCUGCGGGGGGAGAGCAGUGCCAGCAUGA